AUGGCUGCCCAUCCCUCAGAGGGACCCGUCGUCGCCCAGCAACCCUGCCCGCCGCCCACGGCGGGCAUCAAGGCGGAACCAGCAGCGGGAGGCACGACCAAAUCCAGAGACGAGGACGCGCCUGCGCCUGCGCCUGCGCCCGACCAAGAUGACGAAGACGGCGGCGCGUGGGACCAGGCCUCCCUGUACGAGGAGAUUCUAGACGAAGUGGAAGCCUUUGAGUACUCGGACGAUGGCGUAGACACGUGCACCGCCGACGAGGCUCGCCGCUUGCGCCAGCGACUGCACCAGAUUGGCGCGAGCGCAUUCGUCAUGGAGAACAUCACCAGCGAGAAGAUGACGGCGCGCAAGCUGUGUACCGCCUUUGGCGUCAAGAUCCCCAAGUUCCUCCAAGAUGCGCCCGACGAAAACUUCUACCAGCUGCUGGGCCUGGCCAUCAACCGCGAACUGAACAAGCGCCCGCGGCUGGCCCAGUACAAGACGAUUGACGACGCGGCCAAGUUGCUGCGCGAACGCACAAACAUCAUGGUCAUCACCGGCGCCGGCAUAUCCACGAGCCUCGGCAUCCCCGACUUCCGCUCCAAGAACACGGGCUUCUACUCGCGACUGCGCGAGAUGGGCUUCGACGAGCCCGAGGAGGUCUUUGACAUCCACAACUUCGACGAGAACCCAAAAACCUUCUACGCCCUGGCCGGCGACAUCAUACCCGAUCUCGAGAAAUGGACGCCCACGCACGAGUUCAUCCGCCUGCUGCAGGACAAGGAGAAGCUGCUCACCAACUACACUCAAAACAUUGACAACGUCGAGGCACAUGCCGGCAUACGCAAGGAGAAGCUUAUCCAAUGUCACGGCUCCUGGGCGACUGCCACGUGCAGAAAAUGCAAAUUCAAGGUGCCAGGCGAGGACAUCUUCGAUUGUGUGCGCGCGCAGAAGCCCGCCGAGUGCAAACGCUGCAAGGACGAGAUUGCUGCGCAGCCAAGCAAGAAGCGCAAGCGGACGUCCAAUGGCAACGGGGCCAGGAAGAAGCGGUCGAGCGAUGAAGACUCCGAGUCAGACGGCGCCUUCGACAUCCCGCAGCCAGGCAUCAUGAAGCCCGACAUCACCUUCUUCGGCGAAGCCCUACCCAACGACUUCUUCGAUCGAUUGAAAGACGUCGAUAAAGACAAGGUGGAUCUCGUCAUCGUAAUGGGUACGAGCAUGAAAGUGGCACCCGUUUCCGAAAUUCCAAACUUCCUACCCCGCGACAUACCACAAAUCUACAUCUCGCGAGAUCCCAUCCACCACAUCAACUUUGACAUCAACCUUCUGGGCGAUUGCGAUGUCAUCGUGGCCGAAUUGGCACGCAGGGCGGGCUGGAGUCUAGAACACAAGAUGAUACCCGAUGGCCAGACCACCGAGGUGGCCAUUACCGACGAACAAGAUCACAUCUCUACUGUCAAGCUUCAUGUACCUGUCAUGACUACGACCAACGGUCACAUCAACGAGCAGCCAUGA